UCGUAUCUGAAUUUCCUGUCUGUUGCUCCUCUUGAAGUGUCAACAAUGGCAGCCGAGGGAGAUUUUCUGACGCGCUACCGGGCGGUGUCAAAUAAACUGAAAAAACGUUUUCUGCGGAAGCCUAAUGUCGCUGAAGCAAGUGAACAGUUCGGUCAGCUGGCCAAGGAGCUCAAACAGCAGGAGUGUCCUCAGUAUGCUGCCUUCUGUAAUCUCGCCAUGGCCCGCUGUGAGCAGACCCUGUUCAAUGCUCCAGGAGAAGCCCUGGCAUUGACUGAUGCAGCCAGACUCUUUCUGGCCUCAGAACAGGAAACCAGAGCGCUGAGGGUUCCUGGUUUCGAUGAGAAUAUGCAGGCAGCCAUGAACUGCUAUAGUUUUGCGAUUAAGGUCUAUAUUGAGAUGAAUCAGCCUGUUAUGGCGGCCAGUCUCUCACUGGAGCUUGGCAAUGCUCUGAAGGAGAUGAACAGACCCGGGGAGGCGAUAGUUCAUUUCCAGAGAGCCGCAGAACUGCAGAUUCAGACUCCAAUUGAGGCCCUGCUGUCACUGUGGGAAAUGGCCUCCUGCAAAAUACUGUCCCGUGAUCAUGAGGGCGCUCUUGCUGUUCUCUCUGAGAUGCAGCACAUGUGUCAGGAAAGAGGACUACAGCUACCCGGGACAAACACCCCUGUCGGAGCAUAUAUGGAUAUCAUAGCAAAGUGCGAAAUCUCCAGGGUAUUACUUCUUAUGUUGCUUGAGCCUCCCCCUCAAAAGCUGUUACCCGAGCAUGCUCAAACACUAGAGCGAUAUGCCUGGGAAUCCUUCGACUCACACAGUCAGGUAAACUUCCUUCCAGAAAAUGUGUUCCUCCUCCUACAGUCGGUUGUGAUGGCCUGUCAGGAAAAGGAUACAGAAUCUCUCAAGGCUCUCCAGACAGAACUAUGGCCUCUCCUUUCGGCAGAACAGAAUCAUCUUCUCCACUUAGUGGUUCAGGAACGAAUUACACCCUCCGGUCAGGGCAUAUGAUUUGGUGCCAUACACCCCCACAAAACAGUUCUUAUUGGAACAUUCCUAAGCCAGUGCCUUGUGCAUUUUGCAUGAGGAAUGUAGAAGGUCACUGAACCUAACAGUCGUACAUACUCAUAUGAAAAUGUCUCAAAUAACAGGUUUCUUUGCUUUUGUGAUAUGAAUGUACAUUUCAUUCCCCAUUUUCAUAUAAUGGUAAGAUAUUGUGUGAAAAAGGUAAAUGAUUAUGUUGAAGCUUCUUUAAAUUUGUAAAAUAUUGAUGUUGUAAAUAAUAAAAUAACAAAAGAGAUUCUUAUC